UAACGCGCAAAGGGGGGCAUCUGUAUCUAUAUAAAUCAGUCCUAUCCUUCCUUCCAAGUGCGCAGCAAAUUUAGAGAGAAUAAAUUCUCUGUCAUGGCUCUUCUCCACUCCUCACUCUGCUCUUGUUGUGCCUUUUUUCUUCUGGCUUUUACUUUUCUCCAGGCGCCGCGAGUCUAUGGAAGGGAGACGGAAAAUCGAUACGUGGUUGGUGUUCGCUCUUUGCUGCCGAGCUCAGUUUGCUCCUCACCGAGAGAUUCAAACCCGUCCAUGAUGAGAGUAGUGCACCGGCACGGCCCAUGCUCGCCGCUGAGCCCCAGCCGGAAGCCAGCCGACGUCAAACUCCUAAACCAGGACCAAGAUCGAGUCAACUGGCUCCAACGCCAGAUCUCCAUCGCCUCCAACGGCACUCGUGCCUCGCUCUCCGCAACUAUCCCCGCCAACUCCGGCGGCUCGAUCGGGACCGGCAAUUACGUCGUCAAAGUCGGUUUCGGCACCCCUAAGAACGACUUCACGGUGAUCUUCGACACCGGCAGCGACAUCACAUGGAUCCAGUGCAAGCCGUGCAGUGGUCGUAACUGCUACCCCCAACAGGAUCCACUCUUCGACCCAUCUCAAUCCUCCACCUAUUCCAACAUCUCCUGUAGCUCCCCCAGUUGCAAAAAGCUCGACUCUCGCAACUGCUCGGCCGGCAGCAGGUGCCGCUACAAAAUCGAAUACGGCGAUAAAUCCCAGUCGAAGGGCUUCUUCGGGAGCGACACCCUCACACUGACGCCCUCCGACGUGCUGCCGAAUUUCUUGUUCGGCUGCGGCGAUCAGAGCAAGGGGCUCUUCGGUAGGGCUGCCGGUCUGCUCGGUUUAGGGCGUAGACCAGUAUCGCUAGUAUCGCAGUCGUCGCCGAAGUAUGGCGGUGUCUUCUCUUACUGCAUUCCAUCCACAUCGAGCAAGCCAGGCUAUCUGACACUAGGCAGUCGUCGACUGUCGAACGUCCAGUUCACGCCGUUGCGGACAUUCUCCAAUUUGCCUUCAUUCUACUUCCUUGAUCUCGUGGCAAUCAAAGUCGGCGGUAAGCAGCUUCCAAUAUCUUCGAAGGUGUUCUCUACUGCCGGGACGGUGCUUGAUUCCGGCACAGUGAUCAGCAGAUUGCCUCCAUCGGCCUAUGCCGCCCUUCAGUCGGCAUUCCGUAAGCAGAUGACCAGGUACAAGAUGGUGCCGGCUCUGUCGAUACUGGACACAUGCUAUGAUUUCACAGGCUAUGACACGGUGUCGGUGCCGACGGUGGCGCUGAUGUUUGGAGGCGGGACUACCCUUAACGUCGACUUCUCCGGCAUACUAUACGUGCCCAACGUUUCGCAGGCGUGCCUGGCGUUCGCCCCCAAUGGCGAUGCCAAGGACUUUGGCAUCAUCGGCAACGCGCAGCAGAAGCGGUUUAAUGUGGUUUAUGACAUCGCAAAUAGAAGAAUUGGGUUUGGCGCCAACGGUUGUAAUUAAUUGGUCGAACACAAUGGUUGGGAGCAUGAUAGAUUAACUGAUUGAUCAAGCAACCAGGAGAGAAGAAAAAGAAAUUAAGAGUUCAUCGUAAGAAAACAGCAGAACAAAAAGAGAACCGGCCUAGUGUAGGACGAAAUAGUCCCUCUACUUAAUUAUUCAAGAAAAAAAUAGCAUGAUUAUAGUCGUGCUAAUUUAUCUUUGGCAUGAUAAAAACUGGAUCUUGAUUUGAGCUCGUCCUCAUUUGGUUUCGAUGUUUUGGCUGUUCCAUGCGUUUAAUCAUCGGAGCAAAUGAAGUUAGGUGCAACAUCAUUAUCAAAGAAUGGGCAUCAUGGAAGGGUUUUUAAAAUAAUCACUUCGUGAAAACACUUUUACAUGACAAAGGGUC